GUGUUAAGACAUAACCUAAAAAGUGUAAGAUGUUUACUUGAUUAAUAGGAGCGUUGUUUGAAGUGAUUUAAUGUGGAAAAUAUUGAGUUUUAACAACAAUAUCGUGAAUAAAUCGAUUCUGGUUAAUUCGAAUAAUAAAUUUAUUGAAAUGUCGAAACAAAAACAUAACAAAAAAAAUGGUGGAAAAACAAAUGGAAACUUGGAACAACCAAAAGAUGGCUUUAUAAGUGAGGAUAAAUCGAAGGAUAUACUAUUAAAUAUUUUAGCAAAACCAGGUGCGAAACAAAACAAAAUAACGGAAAUCACAAUAGAUGGCGUGGGUGUUCAAAUUAAUGCUCCACCUACGGAUGGUGAAGCUAACACUGAAUUGCUUAAAUAUAUUUCUUCUAUUUUAGGAUUGCGAAAGAGUGAUGUUCAUUUAGAAAAGGGUUUCAAAUCUCGCCAAAAAAUAAUCAAAAUAUCAGGAGAUGCGAUAAAUCUGCAAUCAGUUAAAGAAAAAAUUCGAAAAGAAAUGGAAGAAAACUAACUUCACUUUGCUAUAUAUUUAUUACAACAAAUAAAUUUGUUUACUCUUGAUUUACAAUCAAAAUAAGAAUAAAAUUAAGAUUCAAUCACAAAAGGUGGUUCCCCUUCAGUAUCCAUGUAAUAAUCUCCAAUAGCACUACAACAAAAUCAUUAAUAAAGCACAAUUCAAAAUUUC